GCUCAUCCUCGCUCAUCGCGACGACGCGUCCUUUUCAAGUCGACAUUCUGUAGUCCUUGAACUCGUGCUUCAUCUAUCUUUCUCAAUUGUCUGUUAAAAGACUGAAGGUUAUCUAUUUGUGGAACAACAGUCAACAAAAUCAUACGCGUUCUCAACCGUUGGGAACAAGGACGUACUCCUCUCAGGCUUAAACAAAACCUUAGAUCAAACCUCUAAGGCAACGGAUAUCUAAAUAAACUUGAAACCACAAAGUUUGGAACUAUGUCAGCUGCAGGUCAAGUUACGGAGUUCACAGAAGAAGAACAGGGUCGAUAUGACCGACAGAUCCGUCUUUGGGGUGUUGAAGCACAACAGAGGAUGCGAAACGCAACGAUCCUCGUAGUCGGGUUGAAGGGAACAGCAACUGAGACGAUCAAGAAUAUCGUCCUGGCUGGGAUAGGAAGGUUGAUCAUUGUAGAUGGGGAUGACGUCAAGGAGGACGAUCUUGGGGCUGGGUUUUUCUUUAGAGAGGAGGAUGUGGGCAGAAAGCGCGUCGACGCCGCUAAACCCCGAAUCGAGUCUCUCAAUCCUUUGGUCACCGUAACGACGAUCCCUACAUUUUCUGCAGUGGACGCUCAGUCUUUUGAAACGACCAUACUAGAAUAUAAUGUCCAUCUAAUUUGUGUCACAGAUUGGGAUCGAGAUGGGCUGAUUCAGAUGAAUAACGUCUGUCGUCGGGUAGGAAGAUUUUUCUAUGCUGGAGGGACGUAUGGACUUUUAGGGUACAUCUUUUGUGAUUUGGGAGAUUAUGAUUCUGUUUCACCAUCUGGCAAAGUGCGAACAUCAUACGCACCACUAGACUCGGCUUUACGUCACCGAUGGACGAGUCUUACGAGGAGACAGACGAAGGAGUUGAAUCCUGCGGUUGUGUUUUUGGUUCUAGGUCCGUUUACAUGGAGAGGUUCUGCCUCUUCUUUCGUUGACUAGUUUACUUACUGAACUCUGCGUUCCCCUUAUCCUUGUCCACCUCUGUCGCUCUGCGUACUUGUGCAUAGGGAUAUGGCAAUAUCAAUCGGCCCACAACGGCGAUCUCCCGCAACGAGAGGAGGAAUCGGAGGAGGUCCAGCGAAUUGCGGAUGCUCUUGUGCAGGAAGCUGACGUGAAUAGGCAAGUUUUGACAUCUGUUGGGAGGGAAUUCGUCUCUUCAACGCUCCCGACAACUCCACACGAGUUCUCCCCCAUUUGUGCUGUCAUUGGGGGUAUGCUGGGACAGGAUGUGCUCAAGGCUUUGGGUGGGAGGGAUCCACCUAUCGCGAAUCUUUUUGUGUUUGAUGGGAAUACGGGAGGCGGGAGUGUUGUUAGGAUGGGGAUGUGAACGGAUGGUGGAGAAGUAUUAUGACAAUAAUAUGUAAGCAUAAGUGAACUUUCUGACCUACUGUAUGUGGUGGAAGAAAGUUCCAACCUCAAAAUGAAUCUGUGUUUAUGUCGUCCACA